CAAAUAUACCAAGGGAGCGAAAUUGGAUGGACCAGAGAACCAGACCUCUUUAUUUUGGAAAUUGUUUAUUAGGAGAAGAUUCCAGUAAAAAGCAAUUCAGUUACAAAUUCAUGGACAAGAAAAUGAAGAUUUCAAUGAUUCUAGAACACCAUAGCAAAAACGGAGUUAUGAUGUUAAAUCCUGAUAAUUUGGCAAAUUUUGAUGAAUCGGAACAUACCUUGAUAAUUUUUCAUUAGAUUCCAUAACCUGACUCUGCAAUUCAGUGAUAAUCUAUGAGAAAAGGGUCGAAGACUUAAUCACGUCCAUAUGCAUCGUGAGCUGUUAAUUCAUCAACUUUUUAAUACGCAAAUAUACACACACAUUGAUAAUAUCUACACUGAAACAUACAUAAAUAUACACAAAUAAAAAUAUAUACAAACACAAAUAGUGUACUUGAAAUAAACUCAAUGAAAGAAAAGGUAUAAUAUGAACUUGUCAUUUUUAUCAAAAAUUUAAAGCCUGCUAGAAAAUGCAGAAACUUCGAUGUUCACAAGGAGAAAAAUUGCCUGAAUUAGGAUCGUGAUUACGGUAUUUUGUGUCCGCACGACCGAAAAAAACAUCAGGAUUAAUUUGUUCCUAACUUUUGACGAAUUUUGACGAGGCUCGGGUUAUUAUAAUAUUGUUCUUAUAAAACAGAGCAUACAUCAAACGAUCCGGAAUAUGCAGUGUACAAAGACCGCAAUAUUAGCGACAGGCCUUUUGAAUAAAGGCACGGACGGCAUCGAAUGGUCCAUUCCAAUAGUCAAUCAAGGCAGAUCGAUAUUUCGAUGGUCGUCUAAUGAAUCGAACUGCACAAUGGAAUCCAAUCUUAUUCAAUCGAUUGAGAAAAUGUUCAAAUAAGAAUGCACAAAAUUCUCACUUAGAUUAUUUAAAUAAACAAAGAUUGGUUGAUACAUUGCUAUUAAAGAAAUGGGAGGUCCAGAAAGGCAAUGCAGUGACGAUGAUACAGCGACGUUGCGGCUCAAGAGAGAAUUAGAGAGAAAAAGCGAAGCACUAGUCAAGGCAGAGCGGGCAAAGACGCUGCUCAGGAGAAAAGUCGACGAACUGGCUAAGAAGAAUAGUUGCCUUAGAGAUGAGUUCCAGGCCACGUUCGAUGGGUUGAUCGCAGAAAAAAAUCGACUGUCGACAAAGAUUGAGGAACAGAAGGAAACAAUAAACGGACUUAUGAAGUUCGAGCCACUGAAAAUCAAGAAAGUGCUUAAAUAUGUAAAAUAUUUUAUGGAGGCUGAAGAAGAUAAGACUCUGGAUAUUAAGAAAAUGGUCGAGGAAAGUGAAUUGUUCAGAAGGCAAUUUGCUGAGAAAGGCAAAGCGUUGAUCAACGAGUCAUUCAGCCCGGCAAAGGGCGUAGACAGUGCUAGCAGUGGUACAAAAGAUAAAACCAGCGAUGGAUCCAAGGUCGUUUGUGCUUUUCAGAUAUUGCUGGAGCGAUAUAUAGAACAGAAUGAAAGAAAAGACAGGCUAAUGACUGCUUUCAAGGCAGAGGCUGAUGAAAUACCUUACAAAGACUUGGAACUUUGGAACUUGAAGUAUCAGCUAAGGGAAACUGAGGCAGACUUAGCCAAGGAAAUGACCAGUACUUCAUGUAUGAAGUCUUUUUUUGACACGGAAGUUUAUAAUCAAAAGAAAGAACUCAAUAAAGUUCAAAAUUGGAGAGAAACUCAAAGAAAAUGUAUGAAUCUUUUACAGAUGGAAUUAGAGGUUCUAAUAAAAAAGGAACCAGUCUAUAGACAUAGGCUCGAGACCAGAGGAAAUAUCCAUAGGCUGCGACAAAGGAUGAGCUAUAUUGCUGAGGAUAAAAACAUGCAGGUUGAUGGUGACUUGCAAGAUAUUAUAGAAAAGACAAUACAUCUGAUAGACCUGUAUGUCACAGCUAGCCAAAUAAAUAAGAGAUUAGUAGCACGAGUCAGAAGACUAGAAAACUAUUGCACUCUUGGAAGAGACGAGGAGAUCCCCUCUCCAUCCAAAGAAACACAAGGAAAGACAAAAAGCUUUUUUGAUCGGUUUAGAAGAAAGAAGAUUAAGGAAUAA